AACGGAGGGUUGAACGUUUUCCGCAAAUUUAGCAUCGUACCUUUAACCAAAAAGAAAAAAAAAAAAAAUUAGCAUCGUACCUAUUCCGUCCGGAUCAUGACAAUUUAGAGGGGAAAAAAGAAGGAAUAAAUAGAGCAAAAACACAUCCCCUUCGAAUACAAAACAAAAUCUACCCUAGGGUUUUCUCUCCCCAGUUUCUUCCGCCUCUGAGAGCGAAUUCUGUAGCCACCCUCCCUCCUAUCCAAUCACCAUGACGGGAAAAGCAAAGCCAAAGAAGCAUACGGCGAAAGAAUUAGCUGCAAAGAUCGAUGCUGCCACAACCAACAGGGGCGGAGGCAAGGCUGGCUUAGCCGACAGGUCUGGUGUAGACAAAGGUGGACACGCGAAGCUUGAAUGCCCACUUUGCAAAGUUACUGCACCUGAUGUCAAGUCAAUGAAGAUCCAUCAUGAUGCUAAACAUCCUAAGGUUGCUUUCGAUGAGACGAAGCUCAAUAAUCUUCAUGCUACUGUUUCUGCUGAAUCAAGCAACAAGCCGAAACCUGGUAUCCGUGGCAGUCUCAAGAAGUGAAAUUUCUUUUUAUAUUGAAUAGAGAUAAUAGUUUUGUGGGAAUGAAUAAUAUCGAACCCACUACUUUUAGUUUCUGGUGAUGUAAUCGUUGUCAUAUGUUUCUUGGUUUAUAUGGAAGUUACUGCUGCUUGCGCUUUUUA